CACAGGUCCCUCCCAUCGCGUGGGGUACUAAAUGUCCUUCAACGCGCUCCUUUCGGUCUGAUACCCCUUCGCGACCUCGAAUCCCGAUUCUGCCAAUAUUGCGCGGCCUCACUCCUACGCGGCGCUCCAAACGCCGUCCGCAUAGCCUCAGGACUCGACUCCUGGCUUGGUCGCGGCACGCGCACGAUCUUCCCCCUCACUACAGCAUAGCCUGUAGGUUGAACUCGGAGACGGGCAUCCAUCUGAUCCAGGUAAGACGCGAUGGCAUUCCCUCCGCCGCCCCCUCCCCCUCCGCCCCCUCCGCCAGGGCCGCCGGGCUCAGGAUUCGCUCCUCCUCCCCCACCCCCACCUCCAGGACCUCCUGGAGCACCGGGUACAUCGGGCCCUGGUGGUAGACGACCUCCCAUAGAUCCGCAAGUUGCGAAGUUCGCGCAGAAGAAGAAGGACUGGCUGCGACAACAACGACAGCGCUUUGGCGAGAGGCGAAAGGCUGGCUUCGUGGAGACACAGAAGGCGGAUCUACCCCCAGAGCAUUUGCGGAAGGUGUUCAGGGAUAUUGGAGAUGUUUCACAAAAGAAAUUCACGAGCGACAAGCGAAGCUAUCUCGGCGCGCUGAAGUUCAUGCCGCAUGCAGUUCUGAAACUUCUGGAGAAUAUGCCCAUGCCUUGGGAGAGUAGGCGAGACGUCAAGGUUCUUUAUCACACGAACGGAUGCUUGACGCUGGUCAACGAGGUGCCCCGCGUCAUUGAGCCGGUCUUCCAUGCGCAGUGGGCGGCUAUGUGGUUGGCCAUGAGGAAAGAGAAGAGCGAUCGCCGACACUUUAAGCGUAUGCGAUUCCCGCCAUUCGACGACGAAGAGCCUCCUUUGCCUUACUCGGACAAUAUCGAGGAUGUAGAGCCUCUUGAGCCGAUUCAGCUAGAGCUUGAUGAGGAAGAAGAUGGCCCUGUAUACGACUGGUUCUAUGAGCAUCGACCGCUCCUCGAUACGCCUCACGUAAACGGCCCCAGCUAUGAGAAGUGGAAUCUUGACCUUCCCCAGAUGGCGACGCUCUAUCGACUCAGCCGUCAACUUCUCAGCGAUCUAGUAGACAAGAACUAUUUCCACAUGUUCGACCUCGAUAGCUUCCUCACAGCGAAGGCCCUGAAUGUUGCGAUACCUGGAGGACCCCGCUUUGAACCGCUAUACAAGGAUAUCGACCCGAAUGACGAGGACUUUGGCGAAUUUAAUGCUAUCGACCGCAUCAUUUUUCGGUCUCCCAUCCGGACGGAAUACCGGGUGUCGUUUCCAUUCCUCUACAAUUCCCUCCCGCGCAGCGUCAAGCUGGCGUGGUAUUCCUAUCCUCAGGUGGUAUAUGUUCGUGCGGAGGAUCCCAGCCUGCCGGCAUUCUACUUUGAUCCCAUCAUCAAUCCUAUCUCGUCCCGAGCUGUCGCCCCAAAGAACAUCACUGUAAGCCAUGAAGAUGAGGUAUUUGGAUACGGAAACGACGAAGACGAGGAGGACGACUUCCAGCUGCCGGAUGAUGUCGAGCCGUUCAUGGCAGACGAAGAGCUCUACACAGCAGAAACAGCCUCGGCAAUUGCACUUUGGUGGGCACCUCAUCCAUUCGACAAGCGAUCUGGCAGAAUGGUGAGGGCUCAGGACGUCCCGCUUGUGAAGCAGUGGUAUCUGGAGCACGUACCGUCUGGUCAGCCGGUCAAAGUUCGAGUGUCGUAUCAGAAGUUGUUGAAGACUUACGUCCUCAACGAACUCCACAAGCGGCCGUCGAAAGCGCAGAACAAGCAAAACCUCAUGCGCACAUUGAAAGGAACAAAGUUCUUCCAGCAGACCAAGAUUGACUGGGUUGAAGCUGGUCUACAAGUCUGCCGCCAGGGUUACAACAUGUUGAAUCUACUCAUCCACCGGAAGAACCUGACGUACUUGCAUCUCGACUACAACUUCAACCUGAAGCCGGUCAAGACACUUACUACGAAGGAACGAAAGAAGUCGCGAUUUGGAAACGCAUUCCAUCUUAUGCGUGAAAUUCUUCGUCUGACGAAGCUCAUCGUCGAUGCGCAAGUCAUGUACCGACUUGGCAACAUUGAUGCCUUCCAACUGGCCGAUGGUAUAUUGUACGCCUUCAAUCACGUCGGACAGUUGACGGGAAUGUACCGAUACAAGUACAAGCUCAUGCAUCAAAUCCGUUCAUGCAAGGACUUGAAGCAUCUCAUCUACUACCGUUUUAACUCUGGCCCCGUCGGUAAGGGUCCUGGUUGCGGGUUCUGGGCCCCAGCCUGGAGGGUAUGGCUCUUCUUCAUGCGCGGCAUCAUUCCAUUGCUCGAGCGCUGGCUGGGGAAUCUUCUUUCACGUCAAUUCGAAGGCAGACACAGCAAAGGCGUUGCGAAGACGGUGACCAAGCAGCGAGUGGAGUCCCACUUUGACCUGGAGCUUCGUGCUGCCGUCAUGAGCGAUCUGAUGGAUAUGAUGCCAGAAGGCAUCAAGCAGAACAAGGUCAACACUGUCCUGCAGCAUCUCUCCGAAGCUUGGCGAUGCUGGAAGAGCAACAUCCCGUGGAAAGUACCGGGUCUUCCAGCUCCGAUUGAGAACAUCAUUCUUCGCUACGUCAAGAGCAAAGCCGAUUGGUGGAUAUCGGUCGCACACUAUAACCGAGAGCGCAUUCGGCGAGGCGCUACAGUCGACAAGACUGUUGCAAAGAAGAAUCUUGGUCGGUUGACGCGUCUCUGGUUGAAGGCUGAGCAGGAGCGACAGCAUAACUAUAUGAAGGAUGGUCCGUACGUCUCUUCCGAGGAAGCCGUGGCGAUCUACACUACCAUGGUCCACUGGCUGGAAGCGCGAAAAUUCCAGCCGAUUCCCUUCCCCAGCGUCUCCUACAAGCACGACACCAAGAUCCUCAUCCUGGCCCUCGAGCGCCUUCGUGAGGCAUACUCAGUUAAGGGCCGUCUCAAUCAGAGCCAGCGCGAGGAGCUUGCACUGAUUGAGCAAGCCUACGACUCCCCGGGAACUACGCUAGCCAGGAUCAAGCGCUUCCUCCUCACUCAGCGCGCUUUCAAAGAGGUCGGAAUCGACAUGAAUGACAACUACAGCACGAUCAAUCCGGUCUAUGACGUCGAACCAAUGGAAAAGAUCACGGAUGCAUACCUGGACCAAUACCUUUGGUAUCAGGCUGAUCAGCGGCACCUGUUCCCUGGCUGGAUCAAGCCGUCAGAUUCCGAGGUUCCACCUCUUCUCACGUACAAGUGGGCUCAGGGUAUCAACAACCUCGACAAGGUCUGGGAAUACCAGGACGGCGAAUGCAACGUCAUGAUCGAGACACAGUUAUCCAAGGUUUAUGAGAAGAUCGAUCUGACACUGCUUAAUCGCCUUCUUCGUUUGAUCAUGGACCACAAUCUCGCAGACUACAUUACGGCGAAGAACAAUGUCCAGCUCAACUACAAGGACAUGAACCACGUCAACGCUUACGGCAUGAUCCGAGGCCUGCAGUUCUCGGGCUUUGUGUUCCAGUAUUACGGUCUUGUUCUAGAUAUCCUCCUCCUCGGUCUGCAGCGAGCAAACGAAAUCGCGGGUGCGCCGGAGAGCCCCAACGACUUCCUCCAAUUUAAGGACAAGGAGACUGAAGUUCGACAUCCUAUCCGGUUGUACACCAGGUACAUUGAUCGUAUUUGGGUCUUCUUCAGGUUCACGGCUGAGGAGUCCCGCGACCUGAUACAGCGAUUCUUGACGGAGAACCCGGAUCCCAACUUUGAGAAUGUCAUCGGUUACCGCAACAAGAAGUGCUGGCCCCGUGAUUCCAGGAUGCGUCUCAUGCGUCACGAUGUCAACCUUGGACGCGCCGUUUUCUGGGACCUGAAGAACCGUCUACCUCGUUCGAUUACUACCAUCGAGUGGGAUGACACGUUUGCUAGCGUCUACAGCCGCGAUAACCCAAACCUUCUCUUCUCCAUGAGCGGCUUCGAAGUGCGCAUCCUACCGAAAAUUCGCAACCUUAGCGAAGAGUUCCCCACCAAGGAUAGCGUUUGGUCGCUUGUUGACAACAUGACCAAAGAGCGUACUGCUCAUGCCUUCUUACAGGUGACAGAGGAAGAUAUUCAGAAGUUCAACAACCGCAUCCGCCAGAUUCUGAUGUCAUCCGGUUCGACGACCUUCACCAAGAUCGCUAACAAGUGGAACACUACUCUGAUUGCCCUCUUCACGUACUACCGAGAGGCUGCAGUAUCCACUGUGAACCUUCUCGAUACUAUCGUCAAGUGUGAGACGAAGAUUCAGACGCGAGUCAAGAUCGGGCUGAACUCGAAGAUGCCGUCGCGUUUCCCGCCUGCCGUGUUCUACACACCGAAGGAACUCGGUGGAUUGGGAAUGAUUUCUGGAUCACACAUUCUCAUUCCCGCCAGCGAUAAACGUUGGUCUAAGCAGACUGACACGGGCGUCACGCACUACCGUGCUGGUAUGUCCCAUGACGAGGAGACGCUGAUCCCGAACAUCUUCCGGUAUAUCAUUCCCUGGGAGUCGGAAUUUAUCGACUCUCAACGUGUCUGGAUGGAGUACUCGCAGAAGCGCCAGGAAGCGCACCAGCAGAACCGACGGCUGACCCUUGAGGAUCUGGAAGACAGCUGGGAUCGGGGCCUGCCGCGUAUUAACACUCUGUUCCAGAAAGACCGAAGCACCCUCAGUUUUGACAAGGGCUUCCGAGCUAGGACCGAAUUCAAGAUCUAUCAGCACAUGAAGAGCAACCCGUUCUGGUGGACAAGUCAGCGUCACGAUGGUAAGCUCUGGAACCUAAACGCAUACCGUACGGACGUCAUCCAGGCUCUUGGUGGUGUCGAGACCAUCCUUGAGCACACCCUUUUCAAGGCAACUGCGUUCCCCUCGUGGGAAGGACUUUUCUGGGAGAAGGCCUCCGGUUUCGAAGAAUCCAUGAAAUUCAAAAAGCUCACCAAUGCCCAGCGGUCCGGACUGAACCAGAUUCCCAAUCGUCGAUUUACCCUUUGGUGGUCUCCGACCAUCAACCGUGCGAACGUCUACGUGGGUUUCCAGGUCCAGCUCGAUUUGACUGGUAUUUUCUUGCACGGCAAGAUCCCUACACUCAAGAUCUCGCUAAUCCAAAUCUUCCGUGCCCAUCUGUGGCAGAAGAUUCACGAGUCUGUCGUCAUGGAUUUGUGCCAGGUCUUCGACCAGGAACUAGAGGCUCUUGGGAUCGAGACGGUGCAGAAAGAGACCAUCCAUCCCCGAAAGUCGUACAAGAUGAACAGCUCUUGCGCGGAUAUCCUGCUGUUUGCCAGCCACAAGUGGAGUGUUUCGCCGCCAUCGAUGCUCUACGAUACUAAGGAUUCCAUGAGCGCAGCCACCACCAACAAAUUCUGGAUCGACGUUCAGCUGCGCUAUGGGGAUUAUGAUUCUCACGAUAUCGAGCGCUACGUCCGUGCCAAGUAUCUCGAUUACACCCAGGAUAGCAUGAGUAUCUACCCCUCGGCUACUGGAUUGAUGAUUGCGAUCGACCUUGCAUACAACUUGUACUCGGCUUACGGACAGUACUUCCCCGGUCUCAAGCAGCUUAUCCAGCAGGCUAUGGCCAAAGUCAUGAAGGCCAAUCCCGCUCUUUACGUCCUCCGUGAGCGUAUUCGAAAGGGUCUCCAGCUGUACGCUUCAGAGAGCAACCAGGAGUUCUUGAACUCCCAGAACUACUCCGAACUAUUCAGCAACCAGGUCCAGCUGUUCAUCGAUGAUACGAAUGUGUACCGUGUCACGAUCCACAAGACGUUCGAGGGCAACCUUACCACCAAGCCCAUCAAUGGAGCCAUCUUCAUCUUCAACCCACGAACCGGACAGCUUUUCUUGAAGAUUAUCCACACGAGCGUCUGGGCCGGUCAGAAACGUCUUGGUCAGUUAGCGAAGUGGAAGACGGCGGAAGAAGUAGCGGCUCUCAUUCGUUCUCUGCCUGUCGAAGAGCAGCCGAAGCAGCUUAUCGUGACGCGUAAGGGCUUGCUUGAUCCUCUCGAAGUUCACCUUCUCGACUUCCCUAACAUCUCGAUUCGCGCGUCGGAACUGCAGCUACCAUUCCAAGCCGCCAUGAAGGUCGAGAAACUCGGCGACAUGAUUCUCCGUGCGACUGGACCUCAGAUGGUUCUUUUCAAUCUGUAUGAUGAGUGGCUGAAGACCAUCUCGUCUUACACUGCUUUCUCUCGGCUGAUCCUUAUCUUGCGUGCGCUCCACGUCAACCAGGACAAGACCAAGCUACUGUUGCGUCCUGACAAGACUGUCAUCACGCAGGAGCAUCACAUCUGGCCAACUCUCUCAGAUGAGGACUGGAUCAAGGUUGAGGUUCAACUUCGCGAUCUCAUUCUUAACGACUAUGGCAAGAAGAACAACGUCAACACCUCUUCGCUCACGAGUAGUGAGGUGCGUGAUAUCAUCCUGGGUAUGGAAAUCUCGGCGCCCUCGAUGCAGCGUCAGCAGGCCGCAGAAAUCGACAAGCAGCAGCAAGACCAGCAACAGUUGACCGCCGUCACCACGAAGACUCAGAACGUUCACGGUGAAGAGAUGGUCGUUACCACCACAUCGCAGUACGAGCAAGCGACGUUCGCCUCCAAGACCGAAUGGCGGACGCGAGCGGUGGCAACGUCCAACCUCCGGACUCGUGCGAACAACAUCUAUAUCAACUCGGAGGACGUCAAGGAGGAAGGUCACUUCACUUACGUCAUGCCGAAGAAUGUUCUCAAGCGGUUCAUCACGAUUGCCGAUCUGCGUGUCCAGGUUGCGGGCUACCUCUAUGGCAAACCGCCGCGAGACAACGACCAAGUCAAGGAGAUUGUCACCAUUGUCAUGAUUCCGCAGGUUGGCAACACACGAGACGUUCAGCUACCCAAGCAGCUACCUCAGCAUGAGUACCUCAACGAUCUAGAGCCUCUGGGUAUCAUCCACACUGUCAGCGGAAACGAGCCGCCCUAUAUGCAGGCCAGCGAUGUCACCCAGCAUGCCCGACUGAUGAACACGCACGCCAACUGGGACAAGAAGACCGUCUCCAUGACCGUCUCCUUCACACCUGGUUCUGUCUCGCUCGCCGCUUGGGCCCUUACACCCGCGGGCUACAAGUGGGGCGCGGAGAACAAGGACAUCAUGUCUGACAAUCCCGCCGGCUUCUCCACCUCCUUCGGCGAAAAGUGCCAGCUGCUCCUUUCCGACAAGAUCCGCGGCUACUUCCUUGUUCCAGAUAACGGUGUCUGGAAUUAUAGCUUCAUGGGUAGUGCUUUCAGUAACGUAGAGAAGAAGCCGGUGCAUGUUAGGCUGGAUACGCCACCAAGGUUCUAUGACAGCGUGCAUCGGCCGCUGCAUUUCCAUAAUUUCGCUGAGUUGGAGGACGUUUGGGUGGAUCGAGAGAACCAAUUUGAGUAGACAGAUCAUGACGUGAUAGGGAUUAUCACGCUGUAAGCUUAUUCGGCGUCGGGGCAGGCAAUGGCGUUCCUAAGUGAGCAUGGACCGAGGAACAAAAGUGGCGUACAGUGUAUAUUAGUUUAAUUCAGUGAUGUGUA